AUGAGGGAACUGUAUAUGAAAACCGGUCAAGGGUUCCUUCUCGUCUUCAGCAUAACAUCGGCAUCGUCGUUCUGGGAACUGGCAGAGCUUCGGGAGCAAAUACGACGAAUAAAGGAAGAUAGCAACGUUCCCAUGGUCCUCAUCGGCAACAAGUCAGAUCUAGAAGAAGACCGAGCAGUGCCACGCCCACGCGCCUUUGCAAUUUCCCGUGAGUGGAACAUACCGUACUUUGAAACCAGUGCUCGGAGAAGAGCCAAUGUGGAUGAAGCCUUUGUCGACCUCUGCAGGCAAAUCAUCCGCAAAGAUCAACAGGAACGGCAGCGCAUGGCCCCACCCGAUUCACCGAGACCUGGCCCAAGGUCGCGGACGCAUACUGGAAGGCCUAAGCGCCGGGGACACCGACCGCAUUGUACCAUCCUUUAA